AGGCAAAGAUAUCGGCUCUAGAAUGUGGCAUACUCAGUCCUAAUCAAACAGCAGUCACAGAUGCCAUCAUUGAAGGCGAAGAAUUUAGAAGCUUUACUGAUCAAGAGAGAUUGGAGAAGGCAGAAAAGUAUAGUGUGAUUGCUGGAGCCUCUACUUCAGACAAGCUUCUGCUGUUACAAUGCCUGAAAGAUUUCGGCCAUAUAGUAGGAGUUAUUGGAGGCGAUGAAGAACUUUUCGAGGAAGCUGGUGUGGGUUUCUAUUGGAAUCCAAGAAUCUUAUUCCGUGAAGGAAAAGUCAGAUAUUAUCAUCUUGGGUGAUAGUUUUGAUCCCAUAGAAAAAGCUAUGAAGUGGGGAAGAGGCGUAUACAACAACAUCCAGAUAUAUGCACAAUUCCAGCUCACAGCUACAACGGCCUCUCUGGUGACGGACUCUGUGACUACAAUUUUUUCAGGAGAACCCCCAGCAAUCAACAUAGUUACAUCCAUUUCAUCUGGUUGUUAUUGUGGAGUUGUUGAAAAGGUUUGCAGAUACAGAGAGGCUCAACUGGAAGCAAUGGCGCGCAUGCAUCGAAAUUGCCAUGAUAUCUUGGCUGGUAGGUUGGUUAUUGAGAAGGAUACCUGUUCCUGAGAAGCCUUACUUCAGCUUUCUCUGUAGCCAAAAAUAACACCAAUGAUGCUUCAUUAGUUAUGUUUAGAUGAGAUCAUUUAAUCUUUUUGUUGAAGACCUUUAGCAUUUUUCCAGUCAUUGAUAGUUCAAUUAAUUGAAAA